UAUAUACUUUAUGUUCAGCAAUUGAUGCGUAGCCCUACUUUAGUCAACAACUCGUUCUCGGAUUGUGUCGAUGGUUUUAUUUUUGUCUACACGAUCAUUAUAAUAUCGCUACUACUAAUAAUCAAAAGUUAACUAUCCUGAGUUUGUUGAGAAAUGCAUAACAACGUCAACAACACCAUGGGUAGGGCCAAUCCGUACGGAAUCGUUGGGCAACCAGUGGCGAUGGGUCCUGCAAACACCCUCAAUUACAACAUCGGCAAGAAAUCGACUACCAUCCGCGCUUUUUCAAUUAUCAGCAUCGUUUUGGGUGUCCUCUCCAUUGCUAUCCAGAUUGCGGCGUUAGUAUUCUAUGUUAUCUCCAUCUACUGCGCUGUAAAUUUACCGUUUGAUGUUAUCGGUCAUGGAAUCUGGUGCGGAGCGUUCUACUUGACGGCCGGCAGCUUAGGAAUGGCUGCCUGUAGAAAAUUGACGAGAUCACUUUUGAUUGCGACCGUAGUAAUGUCCGCGAUAUCAAUCGCCGGUGCCAUCGUCGCAUCUACACUGUCCGGAAUGGCGGCAGGCUAUGGCUUCGACAAUGGUGACUACAAUGGCGACUACAUCUACAAUUAUAGCAUUUCAUACAAUCAAACAUCAUCAAAUUCAUCCUCAUGUGACGUGUGGCUCGGCCUGGAAUGGACCCUAUUUUCUAUAAGCAUAUUGGCUUUCAUGAACUCAAUUGCUCUAGUAUCCUUAGCAUCAGUUCCUCUCUGUUGUGGCGGACGUAAUAAAGGCCCACAAGGAAACACUAAUUUUACCAUUGGGGUUGGAAGCAAUCAACAACCAAUGUAUUAUCAGCCACAACCGAUGUAUUCAGCGGCUCAACAGCAUCCGAAUGUUCAGCAGGCCUAUUAUCCACAGCAGCAACAGUUUCAAUUUUUUCAACCCAAUUCGGGAGUCUUCAAUGUACCCCAGCAACAACAACAGCCGACGCGGCAUUCGCAACUACUGCAACAACAACAAUCGCAGCAGAAACAGCCGGAACUACCGCGGUUGGCCACCAGCCAACGCCAAAACCAGUCCUUAAAAUCUAAAUAGUUGAAAGAGGCCAGCUACAUGCUGAAGAAAACUAACCCAACCAUUUGAAACAAUCGAGUGCAGAACUGGGCUUGUUAUUGACACAACGUUAAAUGCAUAUCAACUUGGAAGAUUUGAAAUAAUAUAAACCCCAUAUAUCAACCAA